UGGAAAGCUUAUAAAAGCCUGAUGUAAUCCUUAAUGCAGCCCCUGGCUACAAAAAGACUGGAUCUAGUUUCACAGAGAGAGAUUCAGAAGCAGAAUUUGGAAAGAAAAAAAAAGGGAAAAAAAAAAAAGUGGGGGGAGAAGAGAGAGAAAGAAAGAAAAGCAGACGAGUGGAUUUUAAACAAACAUAUCUUUCUGAAGAAGACCAUUCUUGCUCUUCGCUGCUGGGAAAGCUACUCUGAACCCUGCUGUAUAUUUUUUUUUAAAGGAGAAGACUUGAUUGUCUGCUUGGAUCUAAUGAUUUACUGGCUUUUAACUGCGUUUUUCCCCUCUCCUAAGGAUUCCUCAAAAACCGGCUUAAUUAUUUUCAGCUUUUCUCUUCCACCUGCCUGUCCGCAGAGACACCAAAGGUUCUCCCUUCCUCUCCCUCCCCACCCCCAUUUCUUUUAGGAUUUUUUCCCCCCCUUUCCCGUUUAAUAUAUACAUAUAUAUAUAUAUAUAAAGUGUGUAUGUAUAUAUAUAUGUAGAGGCGAGAGUGGAGGGAGCGGAGGGAGAGAGAGAGAGAGCGAGCUCUGCCAUCCUUUUGGACUUCACGCGCUGCCCAAUGUUGGGCUGGUUACCCCUGGAUAUGUUGCUGGUUUCCAUUUGGAAUUUGACAAAGGGAAGAAGGAGGAUAUAAAACCUGGGGAGCUCUGCAAGGUGUUGUUUAUGGCCACAGGAGGGAGCUCAAAUCCAGACAUGGGAGGAUUGGCUUGAUUUCGGAUCCAGAGCCUCUUAAACUCUCACUUUUCCUCUAAGCUGGUCCCUGUUAUGUCCAGGAUCUGGCGCCUGCUUGACAUUUACUUUGAGUUCCAGAGGACCAGAGACCUAGGAUGAGGAGCAUUGGAUCUGCCCUGAACCUGCUUUUGGUAUCGCCACUCUACUUUGUGUGGACCGUGGUCGCUCUGGACCUGGCACAAACUCCCUGCACCACUUUGGUCCAGGGGAAAUUCUUUGGGUAUUUCUCCUCCUUUGCUGUCUUCCCAUUGAACUCCUCUCUCUGCUCUUGGAUUAUCCAGAACCCUGACCCUCGGAGGUACACCUUGUACAUGAAGAUCUUAAAACCUACCGGCGUAUGUGACCACCAGCACAUCCGCACCUACCAGUUUGAUUCCUUCCUGGAGUCCACUCGCACCUACCUGGGCAUGGAGAGCUUCGAUGAUGUGUUAAAGCUCUGUGAUGGGUCCACCCGCUAUGCCUUCCUCCAGUCCAACAAGCAGUUCCUCCAGAUGAAGCAGACGGCGCCACCAGAGGUGGAGAGCUGGCCCGUGCGGUGGAAACCCACAAAGGCUCAGGAGAGGGACUUCUCGGUGGAGUACCUCGUGGUGGGCAAUAGGAACCCUAGCAAAGCUGCUUGCCAGAUGCUCUGCAAGUGGCUGGACGCGUGCUUGGCCAUCAGCAGCAGCUCCCACCCAUGCGGCAUUAUGCAGACCCCGUGCUCUUGCUCAGGAGGGGAGGUCCUAGAUCAGGCCAGCGAGAUCCUGGGGCUCACAAGGAAGAAGGAAGACUGCUAUAAGGAUGGGAUUUACUUGGAGAACUGCAUGAGCAGCCCCAAGGACAGCAGCGGAGCGGAGUUCCUGGGUGUUGUUUAUGGCCACAGGAGGGAGCUCAAAUCCAGACAUGGGAGGAUUGGCUUGAUUUCGGAUCCAGAGCCUCUUAAACUCUCACUUUUCCUCUAA